AUGGUUGAUUUGAGAGAUUUGGUGACUUCUCUGCUUCCACAAGUAGCGAUUGCUGCUGAGGAAGAACCGGAAUCUGCUAGUGAAAGCAAGCCAGAAAACGAGCAAUUGCAAUCGGAUGAAAAGGAGGAAGGUCAUGAUGAUGAAGAGGAUACCAGAGAGGCCGAAAGCAGAGCAGACAACUCAACUGCGAAAGACGCAGUUGCUGUGAAUGACAACGACGAUGAGCAAACACCAGCUGAGUCAGAUAGCAGCUCCUCUGGUGAGGGGAGCGGCGAUGCCAACCAAGAGAAAUCCGAGGAUAAGGGCGACGACGAGGAAGCGGCCGCAGACGACAGCAACCAGGAUGGAGGAGAAGCUGGUGGCGAUGGCGAAGAGGAUGAAGACGAAGAUGAAGAUGAUGAGGACGAAGACGAGGACGAAGAGGAAGAAGAGGAGGCCGGCGACAUUCAAGAAAAGCUCAGAGAAGAGUGCAAGAACACCGUCGAGGGCAAGUCACUUGUGCACCAUUACAUGGAGUGCGUGCAGCGGGUCCACGAGGCACAGGAGCAGCCGGGCUAUCAAGAUCUCCCACACAAGGAAGACUGUGUGGAGGAGUUCUUCCACCUUCAGCACUACGUUGAUGACUGCGUCGCUCCUAAUCUCUUCGACUAUUUAAAGUAA